CUGCCGCGUCGCUGUCGCAGCACGGCCGCUGCUGCUGCUUUCGAGCAGACGCUGGUGAACACGCCGCCCACGCGAGUCACCGUGCUCGACAACGGCAUGCGCGUGGCUACCGAGGACAGCGGCGCGCCCACCGCGACUGUCGGCCUCUGGGUCGACACCGGCUCCCGCUACGAGACCGAGACCAACAACGGCGUCGCGCACUUCCUCGAGCACAUGGCGUUCAAGGGCACCUCCAAGCGCUCGCAGACCGACCUGGAGCUGCAGGUGGAGAACAUGGGCGCCCACCUUAACGCCUACACCUCGCGCGAGCAAACCGUCUUUUACGCCAAGUGCUUCAAGGAUGACAUCGGCAACGCUGUCGACAUCCUCUCGGACAUCAUCCAGAACUCGCAGUUCGGCGAACAGGAGAUCGAGCGGGAGCGCGGCGUGAUCCUGCGCGAGAUGCAGGAGGUGGAGAUGAACCUGCAGGAGGUGGUGUUCGACCACCUGCACGCCGUCGCCUUCCAGGGCACGCCGCUGGGACGUACCAUCCUCGGGCCGACCAAAAACAUCAACUCCAUCAGUCGGCAGGACCUCAUGGACUACAUCCAGGACCACUAUAAGGGGCCGCGCAUGGUUCUGGCCGGCGCCGGCGGCGUCGAUCACGACCAGCUGGUGAAGCUAGCCGAGAAACACUUCUCGUCCGUCUCCUACCAGUACGAGCACGGCAAGAUCCCCACUAUCGAGCCCUGCCGUUUCACCGGUUCGGAGGUGCGCGUGCGUGACGACUCAAUGCCGCUGGCGCAUGUGGCCGUGGCGGUGGAGGGGUGCGGCUGGACGGACCCGGAUAAUAUCCCGCUGAUGGUGGCGUCUACACUGGUCGGCUCGUGGGACCGCUCGCAAGGCGGCGGCGCCAACCUGGCCUCGACGCUGGCGCAGAACUCCGCCAUCGACGGCCUCUGCCACUCCUUCCAGUCGUUCAACACCUGUUACAAAGACACCGGUCUCUGGGGCAUCUACUGGGUGUGCGAGCCGCUCCAGCAGGAGGACAUGCUGUACAACAUCCAGCAGGAGUGGAUGCGCCUUUGCACCAACGUGACGGAGUUUGAGGUGGAGCGCGCCAAGAACCUGCUCAAAACCAACAUGCUGCUGCAGCUGGAUGGCACGACGCCCGUCUGUGAGGACAUCGGCCGCCAGAUGCUCUGCUAUAACCGGCGCAUCCCCGUGCACGAGCUGGAAGCGCGCAUCGAG